UAAUGACAUAAAGCGAAAUCCAUUUCUAACAUGGCUAGUUCAAGGUUCUUUUCGUGUUUCUUUCUUCUUUGUGCAGGUUCUCUCAACCUCGUAUGCAGUAGUAGUCUGCCAAAAAACCAUGUCGCCUUGUUCAUCUUGGGGGAUUCACUCUUUGACUCUGGAAAUAAUAACUACAUCGACACGAUUGCUCGGGCAAACUUUUGGCCAUAUGGGGAAACCUUCUUCAAAUACCCCACUGGAAGAUUUUCUGAUGGGCGUCUAAUUCCAGACUUCAUUGCCGAGUAUGCAAACCUACCACUAAUUCAACCAUAUCUUAAACCUGGAAAUCAUCAAUUUACUUAUGGGGUCAAUUUUGCCUCGGCUGGAGCUGGUGCUUUAGCUGAAACUAAUCAAGGAUUUGUGAUAGAUUUGAAAACUCAGUUGAGUUAUUUCAAAAAUGCGACAAAGCUGUUGAGGCAGAAACUAGGCGAUGCAAAGGCCAAGACCUUGUUCUCCAAAGCUGUUUACUUAAUUAACAUUGGAGCCAAUGAUAUCUUGGCCCCUUUCACCACAAACUCUAGUGUGUUUCAAUCCUUGUCCAAAGAAGAAUAUGUGGGAAUGGUGAUUGGAAAUAUAACAGAUACUAUCAAAGAAAUAUAUAAGAAAGGAGGAAGGAAAUUCGGAUUAUCCAACUUGGCGGCAUUGGGUUGUAUCCCCGGCAUGAAGGUGCUCGUACCUGGGAAUACAGGUUCCUGCUUUGAGGAAGCAACGGAACUAGCAAAACUCCACAAUGCCGCUCUUUCUAAAGCCUUGCAGGAGCUGGCGAUCAAACUAGAAGGAUUUAAAUAUGCAAAGCAUGAUAUUUAUACGUCUUCUAGUGAAAGAACAAAUAAUCCUGAAAAAUAUGGUUUCAAGGAGGCAGAAUUAGCAUGUUGUGGGAGCGGUCCAUACAGAGGAAUUGAUAGCUGUGGAGGAAUCAGGGUUGUGGCAGAGUAUGAAUUAUGUGCAGAUCCUAGUGAAUAUUGGUUCUUUGACUCUGGUCAUUUGACUGAGGAGGCCUAUAAGCAGAUUGCCGAGCUGAUGUGGAGCGGAACACCCAACAUUACGGGGCCUUACAAUCUCAAAGCACUAUUUGAAGCAUGAUCAGUAAUUUCAACGUAUUCAUUCUGUUUGUUGUCUAAGGAAUUACUAACUAUGAUUAUACUGAUAGUAGUGCAACUUAAUAAGCCUUCCAAAGAGUGCCAAAAUGUGAAACUUUCCCACAAUUUUCAUUUGGUUUAACGGUUGGUGAAAAAAGGGACAUACUCUCGAUUGUUUGUUUUUCCAGGCAACCGAUUUGAAUAAAACCACAGGUUACACUUUGUACAA